AUGGCUGCCGCUCAAGCUGUGCUUGGCUGUGCCGAGCUCCUUGACCUCAUCCUUCGAGACGUCCCGUCUCAUCAGCUUCCGAUACUUCAAUGCGUAUCGCGCUUCUGGCAGGCUGUCAUCACCGAGACACCUGUCCACCGAAGAAGCAUAUUCCUCGACUCGCCGCUUCCCGUCGAGUGCCCAGUGGCGGAGCGUUAUGUGAAGAACAGCCUCGUGGCAUUCCAACUUCCCACGCUGUUCGCCAUGACGUUCCGCCACAGCCAAGGCAUUUGGCGGUACCGUCAUGAGCACAUCCCUCAAGAAGUGAUCCCCAUGCGAAUCGCCUCUGCUGUCCGCAACGGUCAAGGGCCGGCGUGGAUGGCGGGCCGAUCGCAGUGGGAUCAAAUGCAUGUAGCUCUGCCGGCGAUCACUUCCCUUCGCUGGGAAAUCACUCGCGACGACCGCGCAAACACUGAUUACCUAGACGUGUUACCCUGCGCCGUCGCCGAGCUGAAGUUCCCGCGGGGACUCCGCGUGGGCGAGGUCUGGGACCUCACCACUGCGAUGAGAGGCGUGGUCAAGAUGAUGUGGCCCGAGGUUAAGCCCUCCCGCAUCCGCGCGCCUCUGACAAACUACAGUGCCGAGUAUCAGUGGCGUGCUGACUCGUACUAUGCCGCGAACCGUUCGCGUACGCUGAUCAUUCAGCAGUACGUGACGGACGAGGACGCGCACUUGGGUGAUGUUCCAGUCGGUGUAGAAUCCGACGAUGAAGAACACCCCAACCGCGAUUCCCUCUACUCCGGCUUGCCGUUCGAUGUCAUAUUCGACGGCCAUCAGAUUCCUGUACCGAAGGUUUCUGUCCUCGAGGACGCACAGGAUGACGCGGUCAUCCCGUGGGUCUACACCGAGGUAAAUGGCGGAGAGGUCGAUCGUUUGACGGCUCUUGCCCAGACGCCCUCCGUCAUUUAA